AUGGUUGUUCUACGGGCUGGCUGCCGAUUCAGUUAUUCCACGCUCCUGAGCCAUUCUCACGCAGUUCCCAACGGUGGCUCCCGGAUCACCACCCUGCGCCCUCUCAAGUCGCCCCUAAUCCCGCCACUAGGGGCACAGGCGCUCCCUCUCCCAAAGGUCUGCCGGAAGUGCACCAUUGAGACUGCAGUCCGCCCCCAGCCUAGAGGCUUCCAGCUCUGUCUCCGGAGCGUCCGGCGGACCAGAGGGGCGUCACUUCCGGCUUCCGGAGUUGAGCGGAACCUGGAUAGCCACCGCAAUCAGUCUCGGGGUGCGUGGGAAGGGCUGUUCGCUGUACGCGGUAGAACGGGGAUUCGAACCCAGGCCCCUAGACACCGCGCGGUGGCCCCCGGCUCUUUCCGAUACCUGCAUGGACCGCGUUCCUCCCGCCUCCUCUCGAUCUUGGCUCGUGCGGUCAUUUCUUCUCGUGCAUCUUCACUCUUCCUCUCCGGGAUUUUCCCCCGCUCUGCCUGUUCCUCAAGUGCCUGCUUUCAUUCUGAAGGAGUGAGUCCAGGAGGUCAGGCAAUGGCAGCUGUUUUCUCAGUGACAGCCAGGUAUCAGGAGUCCCUGACCUUUGAGGAUGUGGCUGUGUAUUUUACAAGGAAGGAAUGGAAACAUCUGGACUCUUGUCAGAAGGAUCUCUAUAGGAACGUGAUGCUGGAAAAUUAUGGGAAUAUGACAUUGCUGAAAUUCACAGUCUCCAAACCUGAGCUGAUCUCACAGCUGGAGCUAGGAGAAGAACCAUGGGUCCUGACUCUACAAGGAGCUGAGGACCAAGACACCUCAAAAGGCUUUUACUCAGACUGUGAAAUAAAGACUGAGAGCAAACAGUGUGAUGAAAAAGAAGAAAUUUUAGAAAAUCACCAGUCCCAUGAAACAAUCUUAGGAAUUUUCCUAAGGAAUAUUCCUCCAAAAUCUGGUUUUGGAAAAAAUUGGGAAUCUGAGAGACAGCUGCAGAGACAGAGAAAUUGUAUAGAGAUUUCAAAGAAAUCCUUUUCCCAGGAGAGAGAUUGGAAAAUGAUGAUGACCCACAAAUCCCCUGUAGGAGAAGAACCUCAAGAAUGUAAGAAAUUUAGGAGAAAUUUCCAUCUUAACUUAAACUUUGUUAUAGAGAAAAGGAAUACUAUAGCAGACAGAACUCAUGGAUGUGAUACCUGUGGGAAAAGCUUCAAAUACAAUUCUGACCUUAUCCAACAUCAGAAAAUUCAUACUGGAGAAAAGCCUUAUGUAUGUGAUAAAUGUGGAAAAAAUUUUUUUCAUAGCUCACAGCUCCUUCAACAUCUGAGAACUCACACUGGAGAAAAACCUUAUAAAUGUAAUAAAUGUUCCAGAGGCUUCAGUUUGAGCUCUCAUCUUACCCAGCAUCAGAGGAUCCACACAGGUGUAAAAGCCUAUGGAUAUGAGGAAUGUGGCAAAGCCUUCAGUAAAAGCUCACAUCUUAUUUUACACCAGAAAAUUCAUACUGGAGAGAAACCAUAUGAAUGUAGCGAAGGUGGCAAAAGCAUUUGUAGUUCACAUCUUGCUCAACAUCAGAGAAUUCAUAUAGGAGAGAAACCCUAUUGUUGUGAAGAAUGUGGUAAAACUUUUUGCUUGAAUUCACGACUUAUUCAACAUCAAAGAAUUCACACUAUUGGAGAGAAACUUUGUAAAUGUAAUGAAUGCUGCAAAGCCUUCAGUCAGAGUUCCCACUUUAUUCAGCAUCAGAGAAUCCAUACAGGAGAGAAACUCUAUGGUUGUGUCCAGUGUGGGAAAGCUUUCAGUAGAAGCUCAAACCUUAUUCGGCACCAGACAACUCACACUGCACAGAAAUACUUUAGAGGUCAACACUGGAAAAAUUUUUAUUCAAAUCUCUCAACUUAAAAGCUGCCAGAGAGUUCACACAAAACAUUUUAUAGUAGUAGAAAACUUGAGCUAUAAUGACUGAAAAUAUGUUGUCAGAACUCACUCUACUCAACCUGAAAGAAGCAGCACGGUGUGGUGGAGAGAGUGUUAGACCUGGAGGCAUAAGAGACCCAUGUUCAAGUCUCACCUGUAAUGCGCUAGUUCUAUAACUGUAGGAAAGUCUAGCUUUCUUUCAUCAUCUUUCAAAUGGGUGUAUUAUUACCAUUAAUACUUACUAAGGUUAUGUGAAGUGCUUGGCAAACUAUUCUAAACACUCUAGAAAUACCAAUUAACAUUAUAUUAUUACAAGAGAAUAGAUUCAUAGAAUAUGAUUUAUGGCACUUUAGAAGUCAUCUGAUCCAGCUCCCUCAUUUCCCACAUAAAUGUAAAUAAAAUGAAUAUUUGCAAGCCUUUACUAAUUACCUCAGUCUUUAUUUUCUAGCACUCCAGGGAAUGUAAUAAAUGUGGGAAAAAUUUAGUUAGCAUUGGUAAAUAUGUAAAUGUAGAUGCUUAUUGUAUUGAAAUGAAUUGAAUCAUAGCAUUCUGGGCUUUUGCAGUAGUAAAGGCCUUUAGGUAUAAUUUAGUCCUGGCUAGUGAGUUCUCUUCCUUGGGGUUGGUAUUUAAGCCUUGAUGAUGAACCAAAUUUUCUUUUCAUAUUCUGCAGCACAACCUUUCCUGGAGCAGUUCUUACGUUGUUUUGAAAACUGAAACCAAAAAUAAUAAAGUUCCGUUUUAUUGGGCUAUCAACCAGAUCAUAUUUAUGACUGUUUUAAAGACCUCUGUAUAUUGAAAGUGUUCUUCGUUAAAAUGAGGCUUCUACUGCUGUGCAAUUUAUUUGUGACCUGAAAAUUUCAUUUCUAGUCUGGAGCAACUAGACACCAGGAUGGGGAAGGAACUGGAAACCAUGUUAUUCGCUUAUGGAAUGGUUAAAGGAGCUGGGAAUGCUUUGCAUAGCAAAAAGAAAAUACACAAUCAUUUUAAGUACAAAGGUUUUUUAUGUAGAAGAGAAAAUAAAUUCUGUGUUGCUCCAGAGAGCAAUAGGACCAGAGAAAUAUUAGACAGAGUUUAGUACAAAAUAAGCUAAAACUGUCUAACAAGUAGCAUUGUAAUGAUUCACUAUUAUUAGACAUGUCAAAGCUGAGGCUGGAUAAAUAGCUUUCCAAGGCUCCUAUAAAAGGGAUUCCUGAGUUGGACUGAGGUCCCUUCCAACCUGGAGAUUCAGCUAGUCACCCAGAAUUUAAUAAGCCAAGUUAACACAUAUCUGUUAAGUGUUUACUGUAUGCUUGACACAGUGCUAAGCGCUGGGAAUAUAAAUGCAAAAAGAGAGUCCCUGCCUUCAGAGUGCUUAAAAUCUAAAGAAGAGGAAGGAAGAAAGCUCACAGAAAAAGCAGGUGGGAGAAAGAAGGGGCUUUUGACUCAGGAGUAUGAUGAAGAUUGGAGAAGUGCAGCUAAGUGUGAAAUGAAUACUAUGUGCUAAGUGCAAGGAUUUGAUUCUGUAGAAAUGAAAUAAAACUUUUGUUCUCUACUUCUUGGAAAAAAACCAAUGGAGAAUCUGAUCUGUGUCAGUUAUUUUGAUGUUUUGAAAGACCUGUUAUUUCAUUAGAGAGGUACUUUUUUCACUGACACAGAUUAUAACCCCAUUGUGUUUGAGGAAUUGCCAUGACUGAAAAACUAAAGAUUCAACCUAAUGGUGAUGAUCUGUCUGCCUGUAGGUAAGUUUUAUCCUUACAGAGCAGUCUUUCUGGGGCUUUAGUUAAAGCUUUCCCAGACUGAUAGGACAUACCCGAGCUUCUCCUCUUCACUGACAUGGCCUUUGAGGACUCGGUAUGAGGCAUCUGAAGAGAAUUUCAAUAUUAUCUCCAGUACUGUGUCUGUUAAUGACAUGGUGUUGAUAAUGUUAACCAAAAGACAACAUCACAAGUCUAUGAGACAUCGUGUUGCAACUAGAUUACAAGAGAAUUGAACAUGCAUAUGGAACCCAAAGCCAGAGCAAAGAUCU